AUGACGUUAAAACAAGUCGUAACACACUGCCUUGCUUGGGACAGGGGCUUUCGCAAUCGCAAGGUUCUUUGCUACUCGGAUUCUGCUUCUGCAGUAGACAUUUUGCAGCAUGCUCCUCCUCUGCAGCACUGGUAUGCUUCUUUGAUUGCGAAUAUUUGCGACUUCUUCGAUCGUGGGUGGGAAGUUCAUCUUCGUCAUACUUUGCGAGGAGGAAAUGCUUGUGCGGAUUUGCUUGCGAAAGUUGGCGCCCGUCAAGAUCUUGACAUCCAGAUCAUCCAAGAUCCUCCCCCGGAGUUGGAGCCUUUGUUGUUCGCUGAUGCAAACGGUACCUCUUUUGUGAGGGAGUAG